UUAAGACAAAUUUAAAUUAAAUACAAAAGUAAAAUCCUUUAAAAUAUCCUUAACUGUAAAUUAAUGUGUUAAAUAUGAAUUGGUUUCAUUUCAAAUUGUGUUUAAUUGUGGUGGUUUUACUUCCAAACUACUUUAUUGCUGCCGAAGAUGAUCAUGCGUUUAAUCUUCACAAUGAAGAUGAAUUGGUGCCUUCGGAACAGACUAUUGAGAAUAAUGAUGUGGCGACUGUGGAGAAAAAGGUAUCUGCUGCUCAGCCUACUGGAAAACUAUUAAGACAAUCGUUCAUACCCAACUUAAGUAGGAAUAUAGAACGUACUACAGGUUUCCAAUUACCACGCGGACUUCUUACAGCUCCGCUUGUGGGAAAUCCUUUUGAUGGCCAAGCAUCUUCCGCCACCAAUAAUGUGUUAUUGGUUUUAAAUAAUGAUAAAAAUAAAUUGGCUGAACUGACAAAACCCGCUGAGGAAUCAUUGAAACGUUUGACACGUAAUCCCGAUGUUAUGGACGAUAUUGUAGGACAAUUCCAGCAAAUGGGUGGUGGUAUGACACAACAAAUACUGCAGCAAGUCAGUCAAACGGCUCCCGAUAUGUCUCGAUCUUUUGGUCAAGCUUUAAAUGAAGCUCUAUCGCAGACAAAUAUUUUAGCGCAAGCUGCGCCGGGUAAUUUGGAUCUAAGUCAAUUGACACAAUCUUUAGAUUUCGGUCAACUGGGACAAAGUUUGAGUCAAUCGUUUAUAUUGGGGGCGGCACAGAAUCUAUUAAAUCCGGCUGGCGCUGCCCAGGCUGCUCCUGAGGAUGCGGGUGCUGCUGCAGCAGAUGCUGGUGCGGAAGCUGAUCCAGAGGUGGGUGCUGCUGCUGAAGCAGAACCAGAGCCUGAACCUGAGCCGGAACCAGAGCCAGCAGCAGAAGCACCAGCCGCUCCUGAACCACCCAAAAAUCCUUUUGAACAAAUUGUUGGCAGCGCUCUGCCUCAAUUGCCUCAGUUAUCUCAACUACCCCAAUUAUCUCAAUUACCUCCAUUGCCUCAAUUACCUCUAGGCUUACUUGGUCCUCUCUCUGGUUUGAGUUCUUUCAUGCCCUUAGGCUCAGAAAUCUCUGAAGUAAGAGUAAUGCCUGAUCAAUAUUCACCCUAUAAACUUUCACCCAAACCUGUGGAUCAUCAAACAAUGGCUGAAAUGAAACUGAAAGCUGUACUUAGAGAUGCUUUGAACAAGAAAACCAUACCCAUUCUAUGGUUCCAUUUGCCUGCCAAUCAUCAUCUGCAAAAAAGCACCGAAGAUUUAGAAAUGGAAGCAAAGUUGGAAAUUUUCGAGAAACAAGUUAUUGCCGAAUUGAAACAGCUACAAGAACUCUCCAAAUUGGCUAAUGAAGUGAAAAGAGCACAACUACAGAGUGGCGCAGAACCCACCGCCUCGUUGACCACCAAGCUUAAUCUGUAUGAAAUACCCAUUUAUGAAAUCACUUUGGGCGACAUUGAAAAGACUUUGAAGGAUGAACAUGUCAUCGUAUUAAUGCAUACGAUUGUACAGAAUCAAAAUAAACAAUUUCACAGACAUCACCAAGCCACCACUAAGUAUCUGACCGAUUUAACGGGUACACCUAUUAAACGUCAGACGAAAACUGCUGAAGAUGCACUCAAGUCCAUGGAAAAGGAUGAUAUGAUGAAAAUGAUGACUUAUGCUUAUCGCAUGGCAGCCAUGCAUGGUCAUGAAAUGCCUUGGCUUAAGAACGACAAGAUUACAGCAAUGAACAGUCAACAAAGACAAGCCACAGAGGGUAAUACGCCAAUGACUGCCGAACGGCAAUGGUUAGAAGAUAAACAACGGCAAAUGGCUGAAGAAAGAAAGCAGAAAGUGGCACAAAACCAGGCCCGGCAAUGGGCUGAUCCCACUACGCAACAGUUUCCACAACAACAACCCAUCGAACGCCAAUGGGCCAAUCCAAAUACAAUGCAACCGCAAAUGAACAUGCAGCGUCAAAUGUUACCACCACAAAUGCCUUUGCAAAGACAAAUGUUGCCACCGCAAAUGCAACAACCGAUGCCCAUCCAAAACCAAAUGUUCGAUCCAAAUAUGCAAUGGCAACAGCAAGACCUGCAAAGACAAAUGAUGCCACAACCCAUGAUGACCAAUUUUGAAAUGCCACCCCAAAUGACCAUGCAAAGACAAUGGGUGAAUCCAACAAAUAUGCAGCAGCAGCAACCCAUGAUGCAAACACAAUUUACUGACCCCAACAUGCAGCCAAUGCAGAGACAAUGGGCGGAUGCAAAUAUACCAGAGACUAAAGGUGCCAUAAAAACUGAACAACAGCCAGAACAAAGACUAGCUGCCGACACAAAAAUGCCUGAACAACAAAAGUCGUCUGAUGCAAAGAAAACCGAACAACAGCCGGAACAGAGACAAUGGAUUGAUACAAAAACAACCGAACAAACGGCUACGAAGACAAAUGCAAACAUGCCACGCAACAAUGAACGAAUGGACAACAUGCCCGUAGUGGGUGAGGCUAAACCGCAGAUGGCAGAAAAUGCUGGCAAGGCCCGUCAUAAAGGUAUGGAAGAUUUGUUCGAUGAGCUGGAUGUUUUUGAUCAUGGCAAACACAAGGGCAAAGAAGCCGGCAAAGCAGCACCACCUACAAUUAUAAACUACUACUAUAAUACAGGUGGUAGCCGUUAUCCUCCCAUCUAUGCACCAGGACCUCCUCCACCGGCAGCUGCACCAGCAAGUUAUGGCGGCGGCUAUCCUAGACCCCCACCACCACCUCCACAAGCACCACAAAGUUAUGGUCCUGCUGGCGGUUAUGCUGCUCCACCACCACCGGCACCAAAAUAUCCCGUUGCUCCACAAUAUAAACCAGCUGCUGGUCCAUAUGGUGGUGGUGCUUAUGGCUCGAAUGCUUAUGGUUCAUACGGUGGUUAUCGUUCUGCUACAGGGGAUGAAGAAAUUGCUGCUAUGUUACAGCAAAAUCAACCUAUGCCGAAAAUGAUGAUGCCCCAUGAAGAUGCAACACCAACCCCCACCCCUACAGCCACGGAAAAUGAAAAAAUAAACAAUGCAGAAAAUCCAAAUGAAGAAAAUCACUUUAAAAGGUUAGCGAAAACUCAAACAAAAACAAAUCCAGGUCCUGCGGCCUAUAUAAUAGUUAUAAAAAACAAUACAAAUAAGUCAGGUAGUAAAACGCGUAGAAAACGUUCCACCGAGUAUGCUACUCUCGAACCAAUCGAUGAAAAUUCUUUAGAAGCUUUGCGUAAAACAUAUAAGAAUUCUUUAAAAGAAAUCACCUUAAAUCCUAAUGAAACACCCGCUGAGGCUUUAAUGCGUUAUAAUGCCGAAUCAAUAAGAGAGGCUUUACACAAGGCCAAUAAACAACCGAUGGAAAUAUCAGCCGGAGGGGAACAUGAAGAGGUUAAACAGGGUCAAAUAACACAUGAGGUGGAACAGCAGCAGCAGCAACAGCCAUUACAUCAACAACUACCUCAAAGUUAUGCUUUAAAUAAUAAUGAACAAUAUUUGCCCCUAACAGGGACAACACCAUCUCAAAUGAGUAAUGGCCCUUAUAUAACUUAUCCAAUGUCUGUACCACAAACACCAUCUUUAGCCAUGCCCUACAAUCCACAAGUGAUGGCUUAUGAUCAGCAGUCUGCCAAUCAAGGAGGUUUCUAUAAUAAUUAUAUUUCUAAAUAUAAUACACCCGCUUUAUAUAGCAAUAACAACAACAAUAAUAUGCCUGUAACACCAAAUCCCUUUUUAUCCAUGUACAAUUCCUUGGAAUCAGUGCCUUAUAUAGAUGAUUAUAGUAUGACCAAUCAAGCAUAUCAGGAUACAAAUCAUAAUAUGAUUAAUCAUAGUGGGAAAUCAGCUAAAUCUGUAGUAUAUCAAAAUUCUUACACCCAGCCUCAAUUGGCGUAUAACCAAGUGAGUAAGCCUGCCUCCAAGUCCUCAAAUAUAUUGAACAAAAAUGUUCAACACUAUUAUACAUCCGGUGACCAACAUAUAACGGAUUAUGGUAAAGCGAAAUCCGCUCAUUAUGGCAAAUAUACAAGUGAAGUGCCCUCGUCAAAAACUCACUAUCCUUUCUCUAAUAAACUCAAUAAAAAUGUUCACAUUUCCUCAUACAACCCUGUUAAACAAGCCCAUCUGGAAUUAACAAAUCAUUACAAGGCUAUUAGAUCUCAGGAAACCUCUUCUUUUGAUCAUUUAAUUGCAGUCAUUAAGGAGCGUUUAACCCAGUGUUGUAAUGAAUGUAAGGAAAAUAUUCUAAAGGGUCUAGAUGAGACUCUGAAACGAAAACAUUAUGAUAAUAACGAUAAACUAAAAAUAUUAGAAAUAAAUGUCAAACCUUAUGGGGAUAAGCCACAUACAGUGGCUUAUCGUAAACCCAGUAAAGAAGAAGAUUUUGAAUACCAGCAAUGGCUUACACAAAUGUCGGAGAAAGGUUAUGAUAAAAGUUAUUUAACCAAACAACAUCAAAGAGAUUAUUUAAAAGAUGGUAAACUUAAUUUACAUAUAGCCGAAGAAGAGGGCUAUGAGGGUCCCGAAGAAGAGAAAGUAUUUUAUAAAAAUAAUCAAUCCUAUAAAAGGGAGACUACGGUUCCCGAAACAGAAGUUGAAACAAAAACAGAGGCGGAAAUAACUGCAACUCCAAUAAAAAGUGAAAAUGGUAUAGAAAAACUGGAAGAGGAGGAAGAUGAGGAAGAAGAAGUAGAGGAAGAGGAAGAAGAUGAAGUAGAAACCGAGCCGGAGCCAGAGCCACAACCUGAAGAAGUAGAGGAAGGCAAACAAUUUGCCAAUUACAGACACAUUAAUAAAUUAGGCAGCGCCAAUAGUAUAACAAAAACGAUUCCUAAUGGUAAUACUAUAGAUAAAAGUGAUAAAUUAGAAGAAAUCCUCGAUAUAUUACAUGAUCUUAGCAAACAUACUAAGGAGAAAAUAAAGGAAUCUAGUAAAGAAGAAAGUUCCAAGGCAACUACAAAUUUAAACAAUACUACUAAAGUUAUUAGCACUACAACACCAACUCCAGUAUCUAGCACAAGCAAACCUUUGACAACUCCUUCUACAGCAUCAGCUAAUGGCAUUACGAAAGAAAACCCUAGAAAAUUAAGUCGCCGAAGAGCAAGACUUUCGCCGAAAAGUCGUAAAUUGGUUAAUAGUUCUACGUCGCGCCCAAAUAUAAAUGUGCAAACGGCAAACAAACAGGCAUCGUCAUCAUUGUCAUCACCUUCCUCCACAUCAUCAUCACCAACAACAGUAAAAACAUCAUCAUUAUCACCCUCAACGUCUUCAUCGCCAGAAAGUUCAAAUAAUACUGAUCCCGAUGUUGGUUCUAUUUUCGGCUUUGAGCCACAUAUUUUGCAACCAUUUAUGGGUUUACACAGUGUCGAUCAUCCAGAUGAUCCUUGGCGUCAUAAAGCAUAUGAUCCCUAUCAGCCUUUAUUUACUGGAGGUGGUACAUUUGAGCAGUAUCUAAAAAAUGGUCGCUAUAAAAGAGAUUUAAGAAGAUCAACACAAAAUUCUAAAAAACGUAAUACCUUAAAUCCGGAAAUGUUGGAACGUUUGUUGCGUAUUAAGUCUAGUUUUCAAAAGAAUUAUCCUGCAAUCUAUAAAACCAUGAUGGGGCAAUUAACGAGUGGUAAAUCUACUACUAUUACAGUGACGCCUCCGGAAGUACCACAACAUGUAUCUUAUAAAAAUGUAGAAUUGGCCGCAGCAGAAAUUAAUCCUUUGGAAACUUUAAUAGAUACUUACGAGCAAGAUUUACAAAAUAUUUUAGCAGCUCAACGACAAAAACAGAUACAACAAGAAUCGCAUGAACCGUUAAUUAAGCCAUAUACAAAUGAGUUUAAUUUUUGGGGUAAUUCACAGGAAGUAAUCGGCUCAAAUAUUCCUCAGGAAGAAAUACCUUUCUUACAACAAACAGCAGAGAAAUUGGACAUAAAUCCUGGACAUGACCAAACAAGUUUUUGGGAAAAUCCUCAGGAAAUUCUUAAAACAGUAGGUGAAGAUAAAACGCAGUUAGCUAGUCCAGAAAAUCAUACUCCAAAUGAACCACAAACUUUUUGGGAAAAUUCCGAAGAAACUCUUAAUACUCUAGCAGAACCACAAUUAUUUUUGGAAAAUCCUGAGAAAAAUAUAAACGAACAUUUAGUGGAAAAUAAUUUCCAUGAACAUACAAAUGAAUCCCAAAGUUAUUGGGAGAAUUCUGAGGAAACUUUAAAAACUUUAAGUGAACACAAUGAAUUUUUGGAUAAGCCUCAAGAGGCGGCAAUCGAAGAACAAAACUUCUGGGAGGAAACACCACAGAAAAUUGUUAAUAAUGUUCAAAGUUUGCCCCAUGAAACUUUAAACUCUGUAAAUGAAGAGCAAAACUUUUGGGAGGCUCCAACGGUAACUCUAGAAGCAUCUGCUCUACAGAAACGUAGCAAUAGUUUUUGGGAUGAACUAGAAGCUGAAGAACAACAACAUGAAGAACAUAAUUCGGAUGAUUCAGAACCUAUUUUUGACUUUGAUGAAGAUUUUGACUAA